UGAGCUCUGCCUCAUUUAUUUUUUGCACUUUCAAGGGGACAGAGAGCAAUGGGUUUACUGGUGCCAAUCCUGCUGGCUCUUCUAGCCUUUCUAUUCGGAGCGCAUUACCUUUUAGGAGCAUUCAGAAAGCAAAGGCCAGGUGAACCCCCAUUAGAUAGAGGUCCCAUUCCCUGGUUGGGCCAUGUGUUGGAGUUUCGCAGGGACACAGCAAAGUUCUUAGAGAGGAUGAAGCAAAAACAUGGGGACAUAUUCACGGUACAACUUGCUGGGAAUUACUUCACAUUUCUCAUGGAUCCUUCAUCUUUUGGUGCUGUCUUCAAGGAGGCCCACACAAAACUGGACUUCAGUGCUUUUGCAAGGAAGCUGAUGAUCAGAGUUUUUCAUUUCUAUCCAGAACAAUCAAGAAAGCAAUUUCAUGAUUCCAACAACAGGCAUCUGAUGGGUGAUGGACUAGUAUUAUUGACAGAAAGUACAAUGAAAUUUUUCCAAAAUCUCAUGCUCCGCAGUGUAGGCAAAGGUGGAGACCAAAAUACCUGGAUUGAGGAUGGACUUUUCAUGUAUAGUUACAAUAUUGUUUUCAGGUCAGGGUACCUAUCACUGUUCGGCAAUGUGUCUUUAAGGGAGGCCGGUAGCACUGAGAAAUCCUUUGAGAUGGACAGAAUACAAUCUGAUGCAAUGUUUACAGAGUUUCAUAAAUUUGAUCAAUACUUCCCCAAACUGGCGUAUGGUGUCCAGUCACCCAAAGAGAGGAUUGAGAUCAGGAAGCUGCUGAGAAUGUUUUGGAAAACUUUGUCAUCACAGGUUGUCAAGAAUAAGGGGAAUGCCAGCGACUGGGUGCGUCAACAGCUGCAGACCAGCGAGGGACUAGGAAUGAAGGAGUUCAUGCAAGACCGAUGCAUGUUUCUACUGCUCUGGGCGUCCCAGGGAAACACUGGGCCUGCUGCCUUUUGGCUAUUAAUGUACCUCAUGAAGAAUCCAGAGGCCAUGGCUGCUGUGAGGAGAGAGGUGGACAGGGUUGUGACGGAAUCUGGGCAGGAAGUGAGGCGUGGUGGCCCUAUCAUCAAUCUGACCUAUGACAUGAUCCAGAAAAGUCUGAUUCUUGACAGUGCUCUUGAGGAGACCCUGAGACUGACUGUUGCGCCCGUUCUCAACAGAGCUGUGAUGGAAAACAUGAACCUCAAAAUGUCUGAUGGUCGUGCGUAUCAGUUUCGACAAGGCGAUAUAAUUUCUCUCUUCCCUUACACUGCCAUUCAAAUUGAUUCCAAAAUUCACCCUGACCCACUUUCUUUCAAAUACGACCGCUUUCUUAACCCAGAUGGCAGCAAGAAAACAGAUUUUUACAAGAACGGGAAGAAGUUGAGGUACUACACAAUGCCGUGGGGAGCUGGUGUCAGUAUGUGCCCUGGCCGUUUCUUUGCUAUGAAUGAGUUGAAGCAGUUUGUGUUUUUCAUGAUAUUAUAUUUUGACUUUGAGCUGAAGAAUCCUAAUGAGGAGGUACCUGACAUUGAUGUUAAGCGAUGGGGUUUUGGGGCCAUGCAACCCACAAGAGAUGUUGGUUUCAGAUACAGACUCCGAUUUUAAAUGACACAUCACACUUUUGAGUUAAAUGGAUGGUAACCUCCAUUUUUGUUUAUGGAUGGUAACCUCCAUCCAACUUGUGUAUGUUAUGUUUUCAAGCACCUAAUCUAGUACAGUAUCUUAAACCUAUAAUGGUUGCAUCAUGGCAGAAUCAUCUUUAAUUAAUCAAAUGUUAAAUAAUACA